GGCAUGACACAUUUUUCAAAUCCUGUCACUGUCUUGAUGGAGCAGCACCAUCGUUUCUGAAAAGUUUGUAUUCAUCAUCGAUCAAUCAAAACAGAAAAUUAAUAUUUUAACUAAAUUUUUGUGUAGAAAUUGAAAAGUAAAAUAUGGCUACUUGCUUUGAUAAUCUACAUUCGUGUGUCUGGUUUGAAGGAGGGGAACGUCGGAAUUCUAUUGCGUCGAUGUUGGCUGGACUUCUGUUUUUCACUGGUUGGUGGUUUGUCAUUGAUGCGAGUUUUACUCACCCGCAAAGUAUCAAAGGAGCUUACCAUAUAUGUGGUAUUAUUGGAACAAUAUCUCUUUUUAUGAUAAAUGCCGUUUCAAAUGCGCAGAUAAGAGGAGAUGCACUAUUCUCAGGGGGCUGCUGUGGUCCAAGAGGAACUAGAGCCUGGUUGUUUUUCGGAUUUGUGCUUGGCUUUGCUUCAGUAUUCGCAUCUUGCUGGGUUUUCUUUGCCGAUUUUCUUGAAAAGUCAUAUUGGGCUGGAGCUGCUCUUUUCCUCCAGAAUCUCUUCAUUUUUGCCGGAUCUCUAGUUUAUAAGUUUGGUCGCGUGGAGGAUCAGUGGGGCUAAAGUCAUCAAAUCAUCAACCACUUAAACUAAUCUAAAUAAAAACUGUAACAUGCCCUGAAAAGCUGCUGUAUAACAUUCGGUUGUAAUUCUAUUUAUUUUAGUUUAUGAGCAAACUAGUUGUAUAUUAUUGUAAAUAAUUCUAGAGAAAAUAUUAUUACUUUUACGAUAUACAACCCAAUUUAUUAUUUCUUCUACAGCAACUAAUAUUCUAAUGUAGUUAUGGCGUUAAUUAUUACUAUAUCUGAUUAUUUUAGACUAUCUAGAUAUAUUGUGAUUGCAAAUAUUCGUCUAUCAUUCUAGUUCCAUAGUAUUGAUAAUGUAUGCCAUGAUCUUAUGUCAUAUUAAAACAAUUUUCCAAUA